GAAAAACAAAAACUUUUCUUUUAUAUUUAAUUAUAAAAGGUUAUAUAAUUGAUUAGUUAAAAACCUUUAUGUAUUUGACUUAUAAUUCCAACUUUCUCACAAUAUAAGGAGAAUUCGAGGAACAUAUAUAAGAUAUUAUGACUUCCAUAUUCAACCCUCUCAUUAAUUUUCCUGCCUGGCGUACCUUCGUAUUAUUCAAAGCUUCAGGCUGCACUUGACCCUGCCCGCCCAAAAUCUCACGCCAGAAUCUUUAAAAACUGUUUUCUGGAUUUCCAGGUUUGCGAUUUUAGCAUUGGUGAUUUGUCUAAGAGGGACGCGUCGUCCAGAAGUAAGGAAGAUCAAACAAAUGACAAUCAGUCAUAGAGCCUAGAUGUACCCUUCGAGUCAGUGAGUAUCUUUUUUUUCUUGAUCUUUCUCGCUGGGUAUGGAAAGCGAUAAAUUUCGAAGCUCUACACGAAGCUCUUGCUUCUAACCUAUCUACAUAGCUACGAAGCCUACAUGACACCGCGCGAUGAUAUGGACACACACAGACGCAAGAAGUACAAACUCUCUUUUUACGAUGUCUUCCCUGAUUCAGGUCCUGGAGCAGUUUUGCUUUGUGCGAUCAAUCUUGGACGCUCUCAGCUAAUUACCCCACAAUCUGUACGCUGUCUGCGGUACACCAGAACAUUCCAGUAUGCUAUUGAUUGAUCAGAUAUGGGAAUUUUGAAUUCUUCACCAGGAAUAAUGGCGCACGUAAUGACGGAUUUCACGACGAUAGGUCAUAGAUAGUAAUACACCAAGAAGUGGCUCCAAACCAGGAGUUUCUAGCUCUUUUGACAGCCGUAGGAACAUGGUGAAUGUUCGUUUGUAAUUCCCUCGGGCAGGGAACCAUGUUGAUUGAAAGAUAUUCGAAUUGGGUGAAGACAAAUAUAGGCUUAAAUUAACCCUAAUAUCACUGCUAGCUUCCCUUGGGAUGUAGGAACUUCG